CACAGUUGAAAGGUCACUUUAGCAAAAAUGGCUGCCCCUAAAGCUGGAGUGGUUUUGAAGGCUGUGAAGAAAAUUGUAGUGCAGUUUUGUCCUUUCGAAUCUAAUGUUCGUUCCACAAGGGAGUUCCUUACCAGGGUUGGGUCAGAGAAAGCCAGGUCUUCAAACAUGAACUGUGAGGUGACGGCGCAGGUGAAACACGACAGAUCUCAGCCCGUCAUUGACAUCACUUUCAUAGAUGGAGAUAAGUUGCUAAUGAAAGGAGCACACCUGACCUGUGCAGAAAUGCUGUCAGCUCUUCAGUCGAGGUGUCAAGCCAAAGACCCUCAGGCCAAGGAGACAUCGAAGAAGUAGCCUGGCCCUCGGUUCUUUAUUUCUGAGUGUGUGUGUGUGGGUGUGUAUGGGUGUAUGUGUGUGUGUGUACAUACAUGUAAAAAUCUGUAAUUUGUGUUUUGAUUAAAUAAAAAAGAGAUUUGAAGUAAACUG